GGCUGUAGCGCGCGCUUCCGGGCCAUAGCACUGACAUCCAAAGCGGUUAACAUUUACAGGGACACCCUCGGUUGACGAAUACAGCGCGGCGUCGGGCACAAGGCCCGUGCACGCGAGUUUCGUUUCAAACGAGCACCGGCCUUGUUUGUAAAUUAAACUGGCCGCGGCGCCCUCAUAGCUGCCGCGCGCCCUUGUCUGGACCUGCGCCCGGCCUCCCGCAGCGCCCCAGCGCGCCGGAAGCGCCGCGCACGCGCCAAAGAUGCUCGUCGGCCGCGAGCGCUUCGACGAGGUCUACGCGACGAUCCGCCAGUCGGCCUGCGGCGCGGGCCAGACCGUCCUCAUCUUGGUGGCGCCGGACACGGACGCUAUCUGCGCCUGCCAGAUUUUAUGUAGAUUGCUCCGGGACGACAAUGUCCCGUUUUGCACGAAGCCGGUGAGUGGCUAUGCCGACGUGAGAGCCGCCACGGAGGACGUGUCCCAGCAGUUUUCGGAUAUCAAAACGAUCAUCAUGCUGAACUGCGGCGCUACUGUGAACCUGGAGAAGCUCUUUGAUCAAAGUAACGCUACUAUAUUUGUGGUUGAUAGUCAUAGACCCGUCCAUCUGCGGAACUACCACUCGCCCGGAAGAGUCGUGGUCCUAGACGGCGACGCGCCGGACGACGACGACGCCCCUUCUGAUGGAGAGGAUCUCGACGAGGACUUCAUGGAGUCCGACCUCGAGUCCGACGCGGAAUUAAGUUCCUCAGAUGACGAGCCAGAAGGCGACGAAGAAACAGAAAGGCAGAAGCGGAGAAGAGAGAAGCGGGAAGCUAGAGCAGCGAAGAAGGCCGAGGCGUCUGAUAGACGUAAGCGGCUACGCGCGUACUACGACGGCACUUAUGAUGGGCCGCCGUCCGCUGCUCUACUCUUCGCCUUAACAGAAGCUUGUUCGACAGCAGAACCGACGGAGGUCUGGCUCUCAGCCUUGGGCACGACGGGCGCGCGCGCGCAGUGGCGCCUCGACGACGACGCGUACGACGACUUCACUGAUUAUUUUGCUGCUCAACUGAGACACAUCGACGCGAGAAAACAGACGUCGGGUGAACCGAUGCCCGAGAGCGGCAAGGGCUACCAGGCGCCUCCUGGAACGGUCACAUAUGAAAGGGAUGAACUUAGGUUCAUGCUGCAUCGGCACUGGUCGCUCUUCGACGCCAUGUACUACUCGAACUAUGUGGCAGCUCGAUUAUCAGUGUGGAAGCAUGAUGGGAAAAGACGUUUACAAGAACUGCUGGCGAAGAUCGGUCUCAGUCUGGAGGCUUGCAGGCAGACCUAUGCCUUUCUUUCUCUGGAUGAACGAACGUCACUGAGAGAUAACCUCAAGGUCCAGGGCCCGGCCUACGACCUCGACGAUCCGUUUACGGCUACUUUUCACCGAGUGGCUGGUGGUGGGCGCAAUGUCUCCGCACAUGACGUGGCGGCCUGCGUCGAGGCUUUGCUCGAGGGCCACUUCACGGAGGACGCGUCUCACGCUUUAGUACGAGCGGCGAAGAAGCGACGAGUAGAAGCUGUGGACACGGAAGACGAAGCAAGUGUCGAGAAGCGCGCUUUCCUGCGGGGCUUCUGGCACGCUUAUGAUGCGUGUCUCGGGGACGACGACGCUCUGUUGUCGCGAGGCGUCCACGCGGCCUGCGCGCUGCAGCGAGGCGUCGUGGGCCAAGCGGUCUCGAUGGUCGAGAAGCGGGAAAUCACGACCUUGAGACAUUUCCGAUACGCCUACGUCCAGGCUUCCAAUGAUGUUUUUUCAAAACCUCUCGCUCUGAGGAAGCUGGCCCUCUUCUUAGUUGGAGUACACACCACAAACGGCAAAUGGGUCGAUAGCAAGGCGAAGCCCCUCGUGUUACUAGCUGAAAGGAGGGACUGCUUCUUGGUGGCGGGCGUCGACGGGCGCGAGGGCGCUCGGAAGAACCGGUUGGCGCACGCGUUCCGGUUGGCGGCGGAGCACAUCCAGACGUCGUCGCGCCAGGACUUGUUUGAUUCCUCCGUGGUCGAGGUCGCGCACGACGACGUCCAGCGCUUCGUCGAGUCGCUCCACUACAUCAUGGCGCAGUCCGCGGCUUAG